UUAUAUAAGAACAAACUUUCUCUUGACUCUCUGUCAUCACUGUUAAACUUGAACUGAUGGCUCUCUAUCCAUUGCCUUCUUCCAUUAUACUCAACAAACUCUCUUUUCACCCUUUCACUAGCCGCUUUUUUCCCAAACCUCUCUUUUAUUGCCGCUUUUCCACUACCUCUUUCUCGACGGUACCGCAACACCUUAUCUAUGGCCCUUCCCUGUACAAAGGCCACAAAAUAGCACACCAAAACUCCGAUAACUUCACUAGAAUCUUCGAUAUUACUGCUUUACGUGUCCCUUCUAAACUCUGUUUCUCUCUCGAAAGCAAAUUGCGUGGCCACCUUUUAAAUUGGCCUCGCAUUCGUAACAUUGUUAGGGUUCCCGGUGAUGAUAUUGAAGAUGAGUUAAAGGAUUUUAUCGGAGAUGAUAAUCGUGAUGAUGAUGAUGAAACCCUAAAGUUAUUGGAACGGAGAAUUUACGGGAGAGGUGAAGGUGAUGGGGAGAAAAUGUGUGAGGUUUUGUAUAGGGAUAAACUUGCGAGGACUUUCAAUUCGACAGGAUAUGUGAAGUUUGAGAAUUUGGCGAAGAUAUCGCGACCGAAAAAGAACAAGUGGAAGAGAGAGGGGAAUGGGAGAGAGAGGAGAGGGAAUGGGAGAAGUGAUAUGUCAAUGGUGGAGGUGGUUGAAGAGGAGGGGAGUGGAGAUGAUGAGGAUUUCAGUGGGUUAUUGGGAGAUGAUUUUAGCGGAAGAAAAUGGAGUGGAUCAACGAGGUUAUUGCUGUUGGAUGAGAGGUACGCGAACAAGGGGAUAGAAGAAAUGCCCGAGGCAAUUAAGGCAGUCCUCAAAGAACACAACGAGGAGGAAAGUACAAGAUUAUGUUUUGAAAUUGUGAGAUGCAAGCUGACAUUAUUUUACAAUUAUUGGCAGAUGAAUGAGGUCUUGGAUGUCUUGCUUCCACAAGGUAUGAUUGUUCCUUCCGCUUUCGAGACAGUUGGGCAUAUUGCUCAUCUAAACUUGAGAGAGGAGCAUUUUCCGUACAAGAAACUUAUUGCAAAGGUAGUUCUGGACAAGAACAAGCCGAAGAUACAAACUGUUGCCAAUAAAAUUGAUGUCAUCCACAAUGACUACAGAACAAUGCAGCUUGAAGUUUUGGCAGGAAACCAUUCUCUGGUUACUACUGUAGUCGAGAAUGGACUCUAUUUUGAUGUUGAUUUAGCAGCAGUAUAUUGGAAUUCUAGGCUGGCAACUGAAAGACAAAGGCUUCUUAGUUGCUUCACCUACAAUGAUGUUGUAUGUGAUGUUUUUGCUGGGGUUGGUCCUAUUGCAAUAUCUGCUGCGAAGAAGGUCAAUUAUGUAUACGCUAAUGAUUUGAACCCUAAUGCUGUUGAAUAUCUGGAAAGAAACUGUGUCCGUAACAAACUUGAGAGGAAGAUUGAGAUUUUUAACAUGGAUGGAAGGAGGUUCAUUGACAGUAUUUUUGCAAGUGAAAAAGCUAGGCCAAUUACUCAAGUAGUAAUGAAUUUGCCGAAUGAUGCUGUAGGGUUUCUUGAUUCAUUUAGAGGAAUUUUCAGAAAUAAGCGCACGGAUAAGCAAUUUACCUUGCCAAGGAUCCAUAUAUAUGGGUUUUCAAAAGUUCAGGAUCCUGAAUUCGACUUUCAUGAGAAAAUCAGGAUUGCACUGUCUGAGGUGGCUUUUGAGGUACAAAUGCACAGGGUUCGCCUUGUUGCACCGGGAAAAUGGAUGUUGUGUGCGUCAUUUGUCCUACCUGAGACGGUGGCUUUUGCUAAAUGAACUCCGCAAGUAAUUUUGUUUGGGUAGUUGAAGCCUUCAACCAUUACAUGUUACAGCCAAUCCCAUUUUCAGAUGUAAAUUUGUCUGCUCAACUUUCCUUGUAUCUUGUUUUGUUAUCUGUUUGCAGCUUUCUAAUUUCAUA